AUGGGUUCAAGCGAUCAUGGCUGCUUGGGCUGUUUGCCGUGGGGUCGCCGGCGCGUCAGCAGCGCUGCCGCCAACAAAAGCAGCUCGACGAAGCUUCCUGCCAGCGCAAACAGCAUUAAAGUCCGUGGCAUCCUAAAGUCCACCCCUGAGGCGGGGCCCCCAAAAUGGCGAAGUCAAAGCCAAGUUGGUCCCUCCGACAACAGCAGCACUGCAAGCAUUAACGGGACUCCGAGCGAGGAGGGUGCUACGGCCGCCGCUAACCCUACCCCCGCAACGGCCUUCGGCCGCAUGGAGGAGCUGCCCCCCACCACGGCCUCCUCGCCCAACAGCACGCAAAAUCGGCCCCCGCUCAUAAGCUCACAAGGCCGCUUCGCCGGCCAGUCCAAUACCCCGCUCAACCCCACCGACCCGGGGGUCUCAACCUCCUCCAACUCGUCGCCAGACAAAUAUCUGACGCCACAACCCGGCUCUGUGAGCUCACCGCUCCCCAAAGCUGAGGCAGUACUUGGCGGUUACGUAGAUGCCGCCACCGGCACUGCGGCGACGGCGGCGGUGCUGCCGCCCACCGCGGCCGCCACAGCUACCGCCGCCGCCGGCGCUGCCGGCCGGCCGGACAACGCGUCACGGUUGCAUGAGCUCCAGGAGCGGUACCGUCAGCGUUUCACCCGGGGCAGAGGCGACGCCGCUGCCUUGGCGGCGGCGGUGGAGGCCGCCGUCACCGCCACAAACGAGGACGACAGAUUCCACAGCCCUGACCAAAUGCAAUGCGACAGCUUCACCUACAACUUAAACGACUACAGCCGCCGUUCCAACAACAGCGCUCAGAUGGGCCCUCUGCCGCCGCUGCCGCCAAGCCCAGCCCGGGCGGUAGGCCUCUCUGGUCUUGGACGCAUCCAAACGCAUGUCCAUGGUAGCGGCCACGGCGGCGGCAGCGCCGCCGUCACCGCAAGCCGCCAAGCCCACAAACGGCCGGGCCAGACCGACGAACGUCAGACGUCGAUUCUGAGGGAUCUCUCCCUGGACAUGUCGCGAGUCAGCUCCAUGACAACUGCUCACAUCCCAGGCUCCCUGCCGUCGAUGACGUCACAAGCAUCGCCGGCGGCCACACGAAUCUAUCCAGCAGCAGCAGCGGCGGCGGCGACGGCGGUGGUGACGCCCGCUGCGGGAUGGGAGGGUGCGCCGCCUCAGGUGGCGACAUCGCCGUCGCCCCGGCCGUCAUGGUCCGCGACGGAAGCAUCCCAAAGCUCCGCCGCGACGGCGGCGACGCCGCCAAUGCCAUCAUCGCCGCCAGCGGCGACAGCGGCGGCGACGACGGCGGGAAACGCAAAGGUGGACGGCCUUCAGAUCGACCUGGACGCCCAUCUCGUCGCAGCCGGCACCAGCGGCGUCGGCAGUGGCGGUGCUGGUCUCGGCCGAGGCAAGGAGGGCUUUUCAUUCUCACCGCAAGGGGGACAGCGUGCGGCACUGCACCGGGCAACCCAUGGUCCGGCGGGUUAUAGCUCCGCUGCCGCCGCCACCGCCGCCGCCGCCGCUGGUGACUUCGCGCCAUUUCCAAAUGGGCCUAGCGGUGGUCCCCUCAGUCUGAACCAGAAUGCCAGCGCGGGAAGGAGGUACCUCAAGGAUGGCGGCGGCGGCGGUGGCGGCGGCGGCGGCGGAGGAGGAGGAGGACGCCGCUCGCUGCCACUUUACGACGGCUUCCUGCUCGGUUCCGCGCUGGAGCAGCCGCCGUCACUCGCGGCUGCUCUGGAACUUCAGCGCAUGACGUCACCUGGAUGCAUGACGCCAUCGUCGAUGUCGUCGCCACAGCUCCCCCCGCAGCUACUCGCGACCGCUGACCUAGCGAGCCCAACGUCGGCGAUGACUUCGGCGACAGCGGCGGCGACGGCUGCAGCGGCGACAAGGCAGCUACAGCCGCAUACCCGAUCGUCACUGCGCUUGUUUCAGCCGCAGCUACAGCCUCAAUCCCCAGAAGACGAUGACCAGCGCGGUGGAAAGCCGCCGUCGCCGUCGCCGCCGCCACCGCAGCCGCCGCGGCGGCGGCCCUCCGAGGUCCCGGCGACGGCCGCCAGAUGGGCGGCCUUUGGGGAUGGAUUGUCGAGUGGCGGCACGGUCGCUCCGGAGGCCAUGGAGACGGCGACGGCGGCGGCGAUGGCAGCACGGGAGAGCGGCGGCGGUGGCCGGCUUGCCACACGUCCGUCACACAAGCGCAUUGAGGCCGUACGGGCAAACGAGGAAAUGCUAGCGGCUCUUCUGGGCAGCAGCAAACGGGCAUUGCUGGAUGUGGAUACUCCCCCUAGGACGCCUGGCGGUGGUUUCGGCGCGACGGCGGAGCUGGAGCGCUUCGACCGGGUCCAGGAUGCGAUGGCGCGAUUGGAUGGAAUUCUCGCGACCUCCCCCUCUUUCGGCAUCGCAGCCGCUUCCCGCCGCCCAGGCUGA